UCCCGGCAGCAUGACACCUGCGGCCCCGCUCCACCUGCUGCUGCUCUGCCUGCUGAGCGGCCGCCGGCUGCGCGGGGAGCCCGGGCAAGGCGCGGGCACCUGGGCUCGCUUCGCCCGCCUGCCCUACCCGGAGGACGAGCUCUUCCUCUACGACACCUUCCCCGCGGGCUUCCUGUGGGGGGCGGGCAGCGCCGCGUACCAGGCCGAGGGGGGCUGGCGCCAGGGCGGCAAGGGCGCCUCGGUGUGGGACACCUUCGCGCACCGGGCGGCGCCGGCCGGCGCCCGCCAGCCCCAGCCGCUGCCCUCGGCGCCCGCCGGCGGGGACGUGGCCAGCGACAGCUACAACAACCUCUUCCGCGACACCGAGGGGCUGCGGCGCCUGGGCGUCUCCCACUACCGCUUCUCGCUCUCCUGGGCGCGCCUGCUGCCCAACGGCACCGCGCCCCCCAGCCCCGCCGGCCUGGCGCACUACGGCCGCCUGCUGGCCCGCCUGCGGCAGCUGGGCGUGGAGCCCGUGGUGACCCUCUACCACUGGGACCUGCCGCAGCGCCUGCAGGACGCCUACGGGGGCUGGGCCAGCCCGACCCUGGCCGAGCUGUUCCGGGACUACGCCGGGCUCUGCUUCAAGCACUUCGGCGGCCAGGUCCGCUACUGGCUCACCAUCGACAACCCCUACGUGGUGGCCUGGCACGGCUACGCCACCGGCAGGCUGCCCCCGGGCGUCAAGGGCGGCCCGCCGCUGGGCUACAGGGCGGCGCACAACCUCCUCCAGGCCCACGCCAAAGUCUGGCAUCUCUACAAUGAUCAUUUUCGUCCAGCUCAAGGAGGCCAAGUGUCCAUUGCCCUCAGCUCCCACUGGAUAAAACCUCAAGCUAUGACUGAACAAGACAUACAAGAAUGUCAAAAAUCCCUUGACUUUGUGUUGGGCUGGUUUGCUAAACCCAUAUUUAUUGAUGGUGACUACCCUCAGAGCAUGAAGAGUAACCUCUCAUCUCUGCUGCCUGAAUUCAGUGAUGCAGAGAAGAAGUACAUCAAGGGAACAGCUGACUUUUUUGCUCUUUCUUUUGGAGCAACACUGAGUUUCCAGCUCUUGGAUUCUCAGAUGAAAUUCCAUCAGUUGGAAUCACUAAGCCUGAGGCAGCUCCUUUAUUGGAUAAGCCGUGAAUAUAACAAGCCCAAAAUAUUCAUUGUGGAGAACAGCUGGUUUGUCUCUGGUAGCACCAAGCGAGAUGAUGCCAAGUAUAUUUAUUAUCUCAAGAAGUUCAUUAUGGAAACUUUAAAAGCCAUCAGAUAUGAUGAAGUUGAUGUUUUUGGGUACACCGUUUGGUCCCUCAUGGAUGGCUUUGAAUGGCAUAGAGGAUACAGCAUUAGACGUGGAUUAUUUUAUGUUGAUUUUCAAAGCCAUGACAAGAAGUUUUUGCCAAAGUCUUCAGCUUUGUUCUACCAAAAGCUAAUCGAGAGAAAUGGCUUCCCGCCUUUGCCUGAGAAUCAACCCAUAGCUGGGAAGUUUCCCUGCGACUUUGCUUGGGGAAUUGUUGAUAACUACGUUCAGGUAGACACAACCCCCACCCAAUUCCUUGACACUAAUGUAUAUGUGUGGGAUGUUCACCACACUAAGAAGCUUAUUAAAGUUGAUGGAGUUGCUACCCCAAAACGUAAGCGUCACUGUGUUGACUUUGCUGCCAUCAGGCUCCAGAUCUCGCUGCUGCAGGAAAUGCAUGUCACGCAUUUUCAUUUUUCACUGAAAUGGUCUUUGAUUCUCCCUUUGGGUAACCUGUCUCAAAUCAACCACACAUUCUUGCACUACUAUCAGUGUUUUGUUAGUGAACUUCUCAGAGUUAAUAUAACUCCUGUUGUAGCUUUAUGGCAACCUAUGGCUGAGAACCAAGGGCUUCCUGAUGUGCUAGCCAGAUAUGGAGCCUGGGAGAACCCAGAGACUGUUCAAGCCUUUGUUGAGUAUGCCAAGCUCUGCUUCAAAAGUUUGGGCCACCAUGUCAAAUUUUGGAUUACAAUGAAUGAACCCUAUGUGAGGAACCUGACAUACUCUGCAGGGCAUAAUCUGUUGAAAGCCCAUGCUAAAGCCUGGCACGUGUAUGACAAAGAAUUUAGAAGAUCUCAGAAAGGUAAAAUAUCUAUAGCUCUGCAAGCUGAUUGGGUAGAGCCAGCCUGUCCUUUUUCCAAAAAUGACCAAGAAGUUGCUGAUAGAGUUCUAGAAUUUGACAUUGGCUGGCUUGCUGAGCCCAUCUUUGGGAAUGGUGACUAUCCACAUGUGAUGAGAGAAUGGCUUCACCAAAGAAACAGCAUUGAUUUAUACAAUUUCCACUUGCCUUAUUUCUCUGAAGAAGAAAAGAAAUUAAUCCAAGGCUCAUUUGAUUUUUUUGCCUUAAGUCAUUACACCACUAUUCUUGUGGACUCGGAAAAAGAAGAUGCACUGAAGUAUGAUCACUAUCUUCAAGUUCAAAUGAUAAAAGACAUCACAUGGCUGAACUCCCCAAGCAGAGCCGCUGUGGUGCCCUGGGGACUGCGCAAAAUGCUCAAGUGGGUUAAAUCCAAGUAUGGGGAUGUCCCAGUUUAUAUUACAGCCAAUGGAAUUGAUGAUGAUCAGAAUAUGGUUCAAGAUAAACUGAGAGUAUAUUACAUACAAAAUUAUAUCAAUGAAGCUUUAAAAGCAUACACCCUGGAUAAUGUCAAUCUACGGGGAUAUUUUGUCUAUUCUUUUAAUGACAGGACUGCUCCCAAAUACGGCCUCUAUCGUUACAUUGCUAAUCAGUAUGAGCCGAAGCCUUCCAUGAAACAUUACAGAGGAAUAAUUGACAAUAAUGGUUUUCCCAGUUCAGAAACUCCUGAUAGACUGUGCCCAGAAAUGCUUGUCUUGUGCCCUGAAUGCAACCUUUUCCAAACCAGAAAAUCUUUAUUAGCUUUUAUAUCUUUUAUAUUUUUUGCUUUUAUUGUUACUGUAUUCUUCAUUAUUUACUACUCUAGGAGGGUUGAAAGAAGGUAUAAAUAGUGCUGCCCCUUCGCAUCCAGCACUCGCUACUCCUUCAUCUGCAUUCCUUUGGGAAUUCUGAAAUAAUGGCACACAAGGUUGUAAUCACUUCAAUACUAGGGAACCAUUUGCAUUUUAUAAUACUGUGAAGCACUGAAGUUGAAAAUGGGUUGUGAACAUAGGGCCCUGAAAUCCUUCUCUGUGUUUUAAUACUUCUGGUUUAUGACAGAUCCUUGAUUGUUGUCAUCAAAUUUAUCUCAGAACUUUGAUUGAGGCCCUUUAUUUGGGCAGGUUUUUUUCCACUCGGGUAAGGGUAUUUUUUAAAAAGGCCUACAAUUAGCCUGAUGGUGGAGACACAAACAAAUAUAUUAACUUAGAUGUAAAUUGGGUUUGGUUUUAUUUUAAGACAUAUAGUAGUGGAAAACUACAGAUGUGGAGUUCUCAGGGUGAAAGAUUGAUGAGAAACAAAAGAAACCAUCUCCCCAAACCAGGUGUUAUGGCACCUGAUACAAAACAAACACAUGAUUUAAAUGAUCAGGAAAGUAGAGACUCAACAACUGUAUGUACCAAAAGGGAAAGGAGAGUCUUCUUGCUAAAGCAGAGGACAGGGAGUGAAGAGAUUGGGAAUUUUUUCCCUGCUGUGCUGGUGACUUUGGGUAAAUCACUUAACUGCAAAGCAGGCUGCUGGUUCCACACUCCCUACCUGCUCUGUCUCUAUUGGUGCUGUCACCCUGCCAGUCUACUGCCCUGGCUCCAUGCUGUGGAGCGUGACCCAGCUCCACCUUGCUGUGUCUAACCUGACAAAUCCAUCGGGAAACAGCAGCAAGGGGAAUUGACUCAUGUUUGGAGGGCAGUAAAGGUGGUUCCUGGCAAAGGGGCAGGCAGUGUUUAAUUUAUGCCAGGGCAGAGCCCCAGCACCUCUAGGCUUGGCAGUUCAUAGCCCCGGCACCUCGGGGCUUGCUGCAUCAGUUA